AUGGGGUCUAUCUACACGAAUCUGUUUUCUGGGUGGUGUUUCACUAAUAAUAACCCUUGGAUUGAUAAGGGUAGGAUAAUAAUUGCUUGGAAUCCGAGAGCUUUCUCUUUGGAUAUCAAAUUAUGUACUACACAAUUAAUUCACUGUCAAGUACAGGUCCCUAAUCGAACAGGAACGUUCUUGGUUACCUUUGUAUAUGGUUAUAAUGAUGCAGCCUCUAGGGAGAUCCUAUGGAAUGACUUACAAGGAUUGGCUGUGGAUAUAUCUGUCCCUUGGUUGGUGAUAGGAGACUUCAAUGAGAUUCUUUCAUUGCAUGAUAGAAUUGGCAAAAAAAGUAACAUGAAGAUCUCAAGUAAAUUUUCAGAGUGUUUGACAGCUUGCCAUUUGGAAGAUUUGAAAUUUUCUGGCUGCUUCUAUACUUGGAAUAAUAAGCAGAGAGCAGAGGAGAGGGUUUAUUCCAAGAUUGAUAGAGCUUUAGUUAACUCAAAAUGGACUAAUCAUUUCCCUAACUCAGAGGCUGUGUUCUUGCCCGAAGGGAUAUUUGAUCACAGUCCAAUUCUUGUUCAUGUCACUUUGGAAAUGCACUUGGAAAAGAAGCCAUUUAGAUAUUUUCGGAUGUGGAAAGAAGCACCCUAUUAUGAAAAUAAACUCCAGACCAGUUGGAACUUAUCAGUUAGUGAAUUUAAGGCGGGACUUUUAUUGAAGGAACUUCAGGAACAAUUGCAGAAAGAUCCAUUAAAUGACAGGUUGAUUUCUCAGGAACAAGUGAUUAGAGAACAGUAUAUGCAUUACCAUAAAGCUUACAUGAUGUUCUUAGCUCAAAAAGCUAAAGCUUCUUGGAUGGCUAAUGGUGAUGAAAACACUCACAUCUUUCAUGCUUCCCUUAAGGCCAGGAGAAUACAGAACAGAAUUCUGUCCAUCAGGAAUGAGGCAGGGAUUUGGGUCGACUCUCCUACAGAUAUAACAAGGCCUUUUUGGAUUAUUAUAAAGGCUUGUUGGGGACAGUAA